GUCCCCUCGGAGGCGCCGCCAUACUGGCCCGACGAGCCGGCGGCGGGGCCCGCGCCGUCGCCAUGGCCGACGCGGAGGACGGCGAGGAGCCCUGCGCCCUGUCCUCCCACUCCGGGGGCGCGGGCUCCAAGGCCGGGGCCGACAAGAUGUUCUCCCUCAAGAAGUGGAACGCCGUGGCCAUGUGGAGCUGGGACGUGGAGUGCGAUACGUGCGCCAUCUGCAGGGUCCAGGUGAUGGAUGCCUGUCUCAGAUGUCAAGCGGAAAACAAACAAGAGGACUGUGUAGUGGUCUGGGGAGAGUGCAACCACUCCUUCCACAACUGCUGCAUGUCCCUGUGGGUGAAACAGAACAAUCGCUGCCCCCUGUGCCAGCAGGACUGGGUGGUCCAGAGAAUCGGCAAGUGAGCGUGCGGCCAGCCCGGCCCUCGGAGACUCGCUCUUCACACAGGACGCCAGGGGUCCGCCGGCCUUUGGGACUCAUCAGAGGCACGAUUUAGCAUUUUGUUGGUUUAGUUUCCUUCCUAAGUUCUCUACACUUAUGCUAAUUUAUUAGAGAUGCCCUUGCCUACCUCUGUGUGUGCCGCCCAUGGUUGAGAAGUGCAAACGGAAGGACCCUGUUGGUUCCCAUUGUGCAGAAGGCAUGAAGGGAGCUUCCAUUCCCAGAACGCUGCCCACACUCCAGUCCAACACUUGGAAAAAGAGAGUGCACCGGAACUGAAAAGGGGUGGCCCAGAGCCCACCCCUGUUCUCAACUUGUUCCUAAUGUUUAUUUUUGGUUGGGAGAGGGAAACCAUGAGAUAUGUAUUUGAUGUGAGUGAGAAUUUUACUUUUUGGACAGGGAAAACAACUGUAGUUUAGGCCUACAAGACUGGAGUGGGGAUUGCCUUUUGAGGGUCCUGACUCAGCUUGGUACGGAUUUCAGGCAAGGUAUUAAUGAAGGGAAAUGUUUCUCCAGGGAGCACUGGCCAAAAGGGGGUAUCACACGGUGUUUUAAUAAAUGGUUUAUUCUGUUUACUUCGAGUUGUUAGAAUUUCAUGUUCAGCCUUAAACCUAAUAAACGAAUUUGUCAAAUAA